AUGGAUUUUGGAGAGAACCCAAUUGAAGAACAGCGAGACGAUGUAGAGACUGUCUCUUUCGCCAAUGAACGAGAUGAAUACGAACAUCUUCUAAGUAAGUUUGAUACCAAACGCCAGAAAGAACUGCUCCGAAAGAUUGAUUGGAGAUUAUUGCCUGUUUUGACAGUGUUCUACCUUAUAUCUUUCAUGGAUCGAUCCAACAUAGGCAAUGCGAGACUCCAAGGCCUUGAAGCUGACCUCCAUUUGUCUCACAGCCAAUUCAACUGGUGCUUGACCAUUUUCUUCUUCCCUUAUGGCCUAUUUGAAGUUCCGAGUAAUCUUGGCCUCAAGUUUACAAAGCCUUCCAUCUGGCUGCCUGGAAUUAUGGCCAUUUGGGGAGUUGCAUUGAUGUGUAUGGGUUGGACUCAAAGUUACUCUGGUCUUUUGGCUGGUCGUUUUUUUCUCGGCGUGGCGGAAGCUGGCCUAUUUCCUGGAGUCACCUACCUUUGCACAACAUGGUAUCUUCGGUACGAGCAGCAUUUUAGAGUGGCUCUGUUUUACACGGCGGCAAGUUUAGCAGGAUCAUUUUCUGGCCUUUUGGCGUAUGGAAUCGGUUUUAUGCAUGGAAUUCGAGGUUAUAGUGGAUGGAGAUGGAUCUUCAUCCUGGAAGGUCUGCUAUCCAUUAUUAUAGCUCUAGCGUCGAUUCCUUUCAUAUGCGAUACUCCAGACGAUGUCAAAUGGCUUACAGAUGAAGAAAAAAGAUUCAUUAAGCUACGGUUGCAAUUUGAUGGACACGAGAGCGGAUAUAAAGAGCCCGAGUUCAAAAUGAAGUAUUUAAAGCAAGCCUUUGGAGACAUCAAGGUUUAUCUAGGAUGUAUCAUGUUCUUCACCAUUUCUACUGGAACAUAUUCUCUCUCCUACAGCUUACCGACAACUAUAAAUCUCCUUGGAUAUACAGCUGCGAACGCUCAACUUCUCACCAUCCCGAUUUACGCAUUUGCCUGUAUCAUGUGUGUUUUAAACGCCAUUGUUGCCGACAAGAUUCAGAAACGCUUUCAAUCCAUCGUGAUACCAUAUUUGGUUGGCCUUUCCGGUCUAAUCAUCUGCCUCGUCAUUUCGCCAAGGGAGAAGCCAGGUGUCGUUUAUUUCGCAAACUUCUUGGUAGCAAGCGGGCUAUUUCCUACUAUUCCCGGUAUCGUCUGCUGGAUCUCGAACAACUUGGCUGGACAAUGGAAGCGAUCUAUUGGAAUGGCUUUGGAAUUCACACUGGGCAAUGUGAUUGGCGGUGUCGUUGGGUCGAACAUUUUUUUGAGCAGGGAAGGUCCAGAGUUUCGCACUGCCUACUUGGUGCUGGCGUCAUUUUUCGCAGCUGGUAUCGUGACAGCUAUCGCUCAACUAUGCUUGUUGCUCUGGGCUAAUCGCGCCGACGAGCGUUUGAUUGAAUCAAUCCCAGUGGGGGAUCGGGAGCAAUUGGAUGAAGAGCGAAAGGACGACGGGGACAAGAGUCCGUUCUUCAAGUACACUCUGUGA